AUGGAAUGUCGAGGGAACAGGGACGAAGCAAGACUACGAAGACGGAUUAAGAGAAAUAUGAUGGAAUACAGUGUCUGCAAGUAUAUGGACAUGCACUUUGGUAGAAGGUUUGAUUUAGCUUUAUUAAAGCUCUCUUGGCCUGUCGUCUUCACUGACAAGAUCAGAUUAUCAUGCCUUCCUUUAGCGGGUGAAGAACUACCAAAUAACUACACGUGCAUCGUGAGCGGAUGGGGAAAGCUCAAUGGAAAGGGGCCUAAACCACGCAAGUUACUACAAGCUGUUCUACCCGCAGUCGACUAUGACACCUGCAGCCGGAUUGACUGGUGGGGCACUAAAGUGAUGGACACCAUGAUUUGUGUUGGAGGUUACUCCAAGACUGCAUGUGAAGGUGACCCAGGCAGUCCUUUGAAUUGCUUUGGUAGUGAUGGCAGGUGGUAUGUCAAUGGUAUCGGAAGCUACUUGGGACCCGUUCAAUGCAACACCGCAAAGAAGCCAAGUAUCUACACCCGAGUGUCUGCCUUCAAUGGCUGGAUCAAUGAUGGCAUGCACAGGUCACCGCUACAGCGGCCGUACGAGGGACCCUUCAAGGUGAUCCGGCACAACGGAUCUACGUGUGGCAUGGAGGUGGGUGGCCAGGAAGAGACUUUUACAGUGGACCACCUCAAACCGGUGCACUUGGACAUUGAGCAACCAUGCUUUGCGGGCCACUUCAAGAUUAAGAUUAAGAUUAAGGGAAGCCUGGACUGCCAUGUGGUUGUUGAGAAUAUGGGAUGGGGGGUCCUGGAGUGA